AUGCAUGUGAAAACGGGAUUGUUGUUAAUGUGGGCAAUGGCUGCGGCUUCAGGCUGGUGCGGGGAGGUGCCAGCUCGGCGAUCGUAUAUGUAUGUUGGAGGGCAAUAUAUUCCGAAUAAUGCUGGCGAGCAUGUCUUUGCGAAUCAGAUGUAUGUGGAAAAACUUACUCCGACCACGGGCGUUACCAAGCCAUAUCCAAUUGUCUUCAUCCAUGGACAAGGUCAAACAGGCACUAAUUGGCUUAACAAGCCCGACGGAGGUGAAGGCUGGGCCUCCUACUUUCUUUCUCAAGGAUACGCAUGCUAUAUAAUUGAUCAAACCUUCCGCGGCCGCAGUGCCUGGUUCCCUGGCAAUGGAACGCUGAGCACCUACAGUGCCGAGCUGGUGCAACAGCGCUUCUCUGCAUCGAAGCUGUACAAUCUCUGGCCACAGGCGUCGCUGCACACCCAAUGGAACGGGACGGGCCUCAUGGGCGACCCAAAUUUCGACGCUUACUAUUCCUCGACGGUCGAGUUCCUUAGUUCAGCAACCUAUCAGCAGUCCACCGUCCAGGCCGCUGGCGCCGCCCUGCUCGACACCAUCGGAUCUCCGGUAAUCCUCCUCUCCCACUCCCAGGGCGGAUCUAUGCCCUGGCUCAUUGCAGAUGUGCGCCCGAAUCUCGUCCACUCGAUUGUCUCGAUCGAACCCAGCGGCCCUCCAUUCCAGGACGCCGUCUUCGGCAACUCCUCCGCACGCGCUUACGGACUUACUGAUAUCCCACUAACCUACUCGCCCCCCGUGGCUGAUCCGGUUGAUCUCGUGAAAUACGUUAUCCCUUCCAACUCGCCCUUGUAUUCCGACUGUGUAAUCCAGGCCGAUUCCCCCGCACCGAGACAGCUCGUCAAUCUCGCUCAUGUGCCCGUCCUAGUCCUGACCAGUGAAUCGUCUUACCAUGCGCCGUAUGACUGGUGUACGGUACGGUUUCUGCAACAGGCAGGCGUCCCGGCGCAACACCUCCAGCUGGGGGAUAUCGGUAUCCAUGGAAAUGGACAUAUGGUGUUCAUGGAAAAGAAUAGUCUGCAAGUUGCCGCUGUUCUACAGCAUUGGAUGGAGCAGACUUGA